AUGAUACUUGUGCCCAAAGUGGAAGCAAACUUUAAUCAUCUUAUACAGAAACUUCAUCGACAGCCUCACGAGCUGGAGUAUUCUCCGCAGCAACGGGCAAUUUGGGACGUUAUAAGAGCAAAGAAUAACUUACUUCUUCGCGGAACUGCUCAACUGCGUAAGACUCUAGCAAUUGCCGCAUUGUCUGUGAAUAGAGCGCUCACACAUGCACCGCUUAAGCUGAGAAGGUUUCUAGAUACCUUAAUUGUUGUUCCCACAGACUUGCUCGUUGAAAAAUAUCGAUUGUAUAUAAGCAGUCUCAUCGAGGAUCUACCGAAAGAAUGUUGUCCUUCGAGAGAAACCGCAGAGUCAGAGAUUGGGUAUGAGCCGUUCAAGGCUCGAUUCGUGGACAGCGAAGGCAACACUUCUGAGACAUUUACAGGGGAGAUUGAGUUUCCUCAAGUCCUCGUUCUGACACCUUCUGGACUAGAACAGGCUCUCACUACUACUCCGAAUAUUUUCUUCUCGUUGCGUCUCCUUGCAUUGGACGAUUUUGAUUUCAUGGUGAGCAGUACUGGUGGUGGAGAGGAUAACAAACAUUUCAUGCAAAAGGGUGAGAAGGGUAGAAUUCGCUCUAAGCUUAUCGAAUGUGUAAAGCAAGUGUCGAUCAAGCAUUUGGCUGCGUAUAAAGAAAAGCUAACGCAAAGGCUCCACCAAGUUGAAAGUGAAUCGAGUGCCGAUUAUGCCUUCUCGGCAUCCGAACAUGUAAUGGCACUACCGAUCGACGAUGUCUCAAAAGGAGUUGACGAUAAGCUUGUGAAGCGACUUAUCUCAGUGAAGCGGAACUUGCCAUAUUUACCUCCGCAGUUCUGUAUCGUCUCUGAAGCAGUGUCGCCAUUUAACACGAAUUUCGAUGGGUACAAAAAAACACUUACACUGAUGUAUAAGAUUGUUGACUUUUAUCGAAAAGAGAAGUGCAUUCACUACAGGGACAGGAAGCUUAUUGAUGUGGAAGAACUCGAUUUAAGUACCCAAAAAAAUUGGCUCGAUUCUUUUGUGGGGCUCCCUCCAACUGUUUACCUUGGCUGUGCUCAAAGUAAAGCCGGUUAUAAGAAGACGAAGAUCAAAGCUCUAGAGCUGGAGUAUGUUGCCGGUCUUUCGAGUACCAUAACAAAAAGCAAAGAGCUUCGGAAGUAUUGUCUGAACGACAAUCAGAAGAAGUUCUUGACGCAAAGAGUGGUACAAGAGGACGUUAGAGACAAGACAGGUUUUCAUGUUUUACUCCAAAAAGUAUUGCACAAAUUUUAUCUUACCAAUACUAGCAAAAUGCCGUUCUUGAUUGUUGUGCCCCCAUACGUUGACCUUAAAUGUAUUCCAGCUUCCGAUGGUCAAGAACUUCAGAUGCAAACUUUUGAUGAUUUAAACGAACGCUCAAUUGAUGCCCUUGAAGCACAUUUUAGGACUACCAAAACACAUCUUUGCAUACAUCCCCAUCACCUACUUGGCCAGACUUAUCACGGCGUCCAAAAUAUGUUGAUUGUUGGAUUGGACUCUUUAAUAGCUGCCACAGCGUUUGAAAGAAACGUAACGAGGUCCCACCUUUUGGGAUUGUUGAAUCCAAACUUGGAUCUUUUUGGCUUUUACUUCGCAAAGCUCAUAGACUCGAGAUCUGCUUCUGCUUCAUCUAAUUUAGUGUUGUUACGAGAUGAUGUUGUCCGCAAGAAAGAUGCAGAAGCAACGAGAUCGCUUGAAGCUGACUAUAAUAAGUUUGAGCAAAUCCUUCUUUCCAACGAUAUAUGUCUGUUGGCAAAAGUGAGACAAUUAUAA